CACUUGAAAAGUAAUCUGGAAUCUGAUCACGCAGGCUAUAGCCACCACUGCAGUCGUUAAUUUCCAUCUUCAAGCGUGUUCUUCAAACCGAGCGGAGGUACCCGAGCCGCAGCAGUCCCUCAAGUUAAACUGGGAGUUGUUGAUUAUCUUCCUGAGGAGGGCAGGAGGCUGCUCCUAGUCUGGAUCUGAAACUCCCUCUCUCUCUCUCUCUCUCUUGCUUGUUUUCUCUGUGUGUCAGGGUGGAUCAAUGCGAGAGUCUCCGUUUCAUACAAACCAUUCUGUCUCUCUUGUCUCGGCAGUGGUUGCGUGCAGUAUACUCGGGGACACAUUUAAACCUCGUUUAGACCCCCCUCAUCUGUCUCACAGCGGGCCAUAAGCACAGUAUGUGGUAGUGGAAGAGACUGGGGUUCGAGUGGUCGGGCUCGAAAUGUCGUUGGAGGUAUAGAAGGUAGAAGAAUUCGCCCCCCCUUCUCACAACCCCCCCCCCCCUCUUUUCGUUCCCAAGCUUGUUGCUUUGCAAAGCGGCCUAAAAACACAAAAUGUCGACCAGAACGCCAUUGCCCACUGUGAAUGAGCGCGAUACUGAAAAUCAUACGUCGGUCGAUGGAUACCAUGAACCACAUGUCCAGCCUUUGAAGUCGAGCAGCCGGCAGAACAUUCCCCGCUGCCGUAACUCCAUCACCUCCACCACUGAUGAGCAGCCACACAUCGGGAACUACCGGCUGCUGAAGACCAUCGGCAAGGGGAACUUCGCCAAAGUCAAACUGGCCCGACACAUACUCACUGGAAGAGAGGUUGCUGUGAAAAUAAUAGACAAAACACAACUGAACCCCACCAGUCUACAAAAGUUUCACAUGACCUUGCUUUCUAAACAGCUCUUCCGAGAAGUAAGGAUAAUGAAGAUCUUGAAUCACCCGAAUAUAGUUAAAUUAUUUGAAGUAAUUGAAACAGAGAAGACACUUUAUUUAAUAAUGGAAUACGCCAGUGGGGGAGAGGUGUUUGACUACUUAGUUGCACAUGGCAGGAUGAAAGAGAAGGAGGCGAGGGCAAAGUUUCGGCAGAUUGUCUCUGCGGUGCAAUAUUGCCAUCAGAAGCGCAUUGUACACAGGGAUCUGAAGGCAGAAAACCUGUUGCUGGAUGCCGAUAUGAAUAUAAAAAUUGCAGACUUUGGUUUUAGUAAUGAAUUUACUAUCGGUAACAAAUUAGACACAUUUUGUGGGAGCCCGCCCUACGCUGCCCCAGAACUAUUCCAAGGAAAGAAAUAUGAUGGACCAGAGGUGGACGUGUGGAGUCUGGGGGUCAUUCUGUAUACACUAGUUAGCGGAUCGUUGCCUUUUGAUGGUCAAAACCUAAAGGAACUGAGGGAAAGGGUGUUGCGAGGGAAGUACCGUAUUCCUUUCUACAUGUCCACAGACUGUGAAAACUUGCUGAAAAAACUCCUAGUACUAAACCCAGUGAAACGAGGCAGUUUGGAACAAAUCAUGAAGGACCGAUGGAUGAAUGUUGGUUAUGAAGAGGAGGAGAUAAAACCCUAUCUUGAACCAGAGCCAGAUUUCAGUGACACUAAGAGGAUAGAUUUGAUGGUGACUAUGGGGUUCUUAAGAGAUGAAAUUACAGAGUCUUUAAUUGGCCAGAAAUAUGAUGAAGUCAUGGCCACUUACCUUCUACUAGGCAGAAAACCUCCUGAGUUUGAAGGAAGCGAGUCAGUGCCCAACAGCAACCUGUGUCAAAGGUCACGGCCUAGCAGUGACCUCAACAACAGCUCCAUGCAGUCCCCAGCGCACUCAAAGGUCCAGCGCAGCAUUUCAGCCAAUCAGAAGCAACGACGGUUUAGUGAUCAUGGUGGGGAUGACAUUCAACCAACUGCUCCAGCCAUUCCUCCGUCCGUGUCGUACACUAAACGAGCUCAAGCAAACAGCGUGGAGAGUGACCAGAAAGAAGAAUGGGACACUUCCCGUAAGCUCGGUACCACUGCAAGCUCCAAAGGCGAUAUGCCUGCAAGUCCACUGGUCGGUCCGGACCGGAAGAAGUCUACCACCACCACUGCUAACAAUGUGCUUCCUGGAGGAGGGAUGACCAGAAGAAACACUUACGUGUGUGAGCGCUCCAGCACCGACAGGUACUCUGCUGUACCCAAUGGAAAAGACAGCAGCCUAACUGAAAUGUCAGCUUCUGCAAGCAGUACUGGCGCUACAGCAUCUGUUGUGCCCGCUACCCGGCCGCGCCAUGUCAAGUCCAUGUCUGCCUCCGGGCACCCCAUCAAAGUCAUGCUGCCUCCCAUUGAGGAUGGCACUGAGGCCUACAGACCAAGCUCCAGCACUGCAACUCCUCGGGCCCCUGCUGCUUCUCCAUCUGCCCACAGCAUUAGCAGCACCACUCCGGACCGGACCCGGUUCCCCCGUGGCAGCUCCAGCCGAAGCACUUUCCACGGGGCCCAGCUCCGCGACCGCCGCAACGCCACCUACAACGGACCGCCCGCCUCGCCCUCUCUGUCCCACGACACGGCUGCUCUGUCGCAGGGACGGAGGGGCACCUCCACCGGCAUCAUUGGCAAGAUCACUUCCAAGUUUGGACGCAGAACUAUGUCUUUCAGGUUGUCCAGAAGGGGUCAAAGCGAGGGUGAAGCCAGUAGCAGAACUGACACUUCAAGGAGCACCUCGGGGGAACCGAAGGAGCGGGACAAGGAGGAUGGCAAGGAUCCGAAGCCGCGCUCUUUGAGGUUCACCUGGAGCAUGAAGACCACCAGUUCCAUGGACCCCAACGACAUGAUGAGGGAGAUCCGGAAAGUGCUGGAUGCCAACAACUGUGACUACGAGCAGCGGGAGCGCUUCCUGCUGUUCUGCGUGCACGGCGACGCCCGGCAGGACAACCUGGUCCAAUGGGAGGUGGAGGUCUGCAAGCUGCCCCGCCUCUCCCUCAAUGGAGUCCGCUUCAAGAGGAUAUCUGGCACCUCCAUCGCCUUCAAAAACAUUGCAUCCAAAAUCGCUAAUGAGCUCAAGUUGUAAAAACAGGAAGACUGCAUUCAUUCAUGGGAUCAGGGUAUAGUUUCAGACAUGAUGUACAGUUUCCACUGUUUUUGAAUGUACUGGUAUUGCGGCUAAUAUGCGUUUGGCCAGUGGGAAAAACAAAUAUCCAACCUCCUUCAAUCCCCUGCGCCCCCAUGUAAAAUAAGUAGUUAGAAAAUGACCCUCAUUGCAAUAAAGUUAGAGCAUUGUUUUUAAUGAUCUGUAAAAUUCAGUUCUGUAUACUGAACUGUAAUAGCUUAAAAUACAUUGUUUUCUUUUUUUCCACAUGUACAGGUAAGUAUAGAGCAUUAUGUUGUAUAAUACAAAAAUAAUCCUGUAGCUUAACAUCUUGUAUAGUUGUCUUGAUUUCUGUACAUAAAUUGUAUGUUUUAAUAUCUAAUACUGUGUAAUUUGAGUUGAAGAAAGUCCUUAGAUUAUAGUUUUUACCUCCACUAUGUGAAGUUUUUUUUAGUUUUUAUUUUGAACUUAUUUUUAAUCUCAUUGUUUUUUUUGAAGAUUUUUCAUGUUAUUGAAACAGAUCUAAAUUUAAAACACCACAAAGUAGUUUCUUUCAGGCAUCCUCCCUGCCUGAUUUUAAAAGGAGAGUAGUGUUAUAAAUUGUUUCCCGUCGGUUCACUGAAUACAACAGCACAACCCUCACAAAGACAUUGUUCAGGAGCAUCCCCACGAUGUUCGACCGACUGGGAGCAAAGUCCUCUCAACCUGUUUUCAGUGGAACUGUAGAAGUCUACUAUUACAAUAGCUGUUGAAUCACCUGUUCAGUGAUUGUACGAUUUCUUGUCCCAGUGUAACCUGUUUGUGCUGAAUAUUUUAUCAGAUUUCUUAUAUUUAUUCCACAACAUUAUGCCUGUAAUGUGCAGCUUUGUAAUUAUUAGGCAUUCACCAAUACAAAAAAAUAUAUGAUUUAAGAAUUUUUUUCUUCGUAAUUGGUGAUUAUGAAAGUAUGUAAAACCACUAGUACUGGUACAUUUAUACUUGUUAUUUUGUACUGAAUUAACCGUAUAGGUUAACUGUGCAAUAUUUCAUGUUAUAAUUACUGUAAUAUUGACAUAUGGGCCCCAUCUGCACACUUUGUUGUGAAGAAUAGGAACAUUUUAAAAGAAGAAAAAGCUGUGAUAAUCCCUGGAACCAUGAUUAAAUCAGAAUGGACAUCAGCCUUGCUAUCCCACAGUGGCAGUAUAACACUAUCUGAAGGACUGUAAAUACUGUAUUGUAGUGUGUGAUGUAGCUUACUUCCUGUGAUGGUUCUGUUCCAGAGUGGAUGUUCAUUUUAUUGCCUUAGCUGAUAAUAAUGCUCAGAAAAAAAGAAGGUAAAUGUACCCCCCUUUACCCAAUGUUCAUUCAAGGGAGCCUCUUGAUUCAGUCUCACUGGUGCACUAUAUUAAAACUUACUUGAAAGGA